AUGGAAGGAGGGUGGCCUGCGAGGGGGGGUGUCCUCCUCUGCCUCACUGUCAGUCUUCGGCUUCAAGGGAAAGGCGACGCUUUUACCAUCAAUUGCUCAGGCUUUGACCAGCAUGGGGUUGACCCUGCUGCCUUCCAAGCAGUGUUUGACAGAAAGGCCUUCUGUCCAUUCACCAACUACAGCAUCCCUACCCAUGUCAAUAUCUCCUUCACCCUGUCUGCCAUCCUGAGAGUGGAUGCACAGCUCCAGCUGCUGACGUCAUUCCUGUGGAUGGAUCUGGUGUGGGACAAUCCUUUCAUUAGUUGGAACCCAAAAGAGUGUGUUGGCAUCAAUAAACUCACGGUAUUAGCUGAAAACCUGUGGCUCCCAGACAUCUUUAUCAUGGAAUCCAUGGAUGUGUCUCAGAUGCCUUCAGGUCUCACUGCCUAUAUCAGCAGUGAAGGUCAAAUAAAGUACAAUAAGCCAAUGAGGGUGACCAGCAUCUGUAACCUGGACAUCUUCUACUUCCCUUUUGACCAACAGAACUGUACCUUCACCUUCAGUUCUUUCCUCCACACAGUGGACGGCAUGCUGCUGGGCAUGGACAAGGAGGUGUGGGAGAUCACAGACACGUCUCACAACGUCAUCCGAACCCAGGGGGAGUGGGAGCUCUUGGGCAUCAACAAGGCCACCCCAAAGAUGUCCAUGGGCAACAACCUAUAUGACCAGAUCAUGUUCUAUGUGGCCAUCAGGCACAGGCCCAGCCUCUACAUCAUAAACCUGCUGGUGCCCAGUAGCUUUCUGAUUGCCAUUGACGCCCUCAGCUUCUACCUGCCAGCAGAGAGCGAGAAUCACGCCCCAUUCAAGAUAACGCUUCUGCUGGGCUGCAACGUCUUCCUGCUCAUGAUGAAUGACUUGCUUCCUGCCAGUGGCAACCCCUUCAUCAGUGUCUACUUCGCCCUGUCCCUCUCCCUGAUGGUGGGCAGCCUGCUGGAGACCAUCUUCAUUACCUACCUGCUGCACGUGGCCACCACCCAGCCCGCACCCCUGCCUCUGUGGUUCCACUCCCUGCUGCUCCACUGCACCAGCCCAGGGAGAUGCUGUCCCACUGCAGCCUGGAAGGGAAAUAAAGGCCUGGGUCUCACCCCCACCCACCUGCCUGGCACAAAGGAGGCGGGGGAGUUAACAGGGAAGCAGCUGGGACCCAGAGAGACCGAGCUAGAUGGGGGCUCAGGAUGCACAAAGACCCAGCUAAUGGAGCAGUGGGUGCAGUUCAGCCACGCGAUAGACACCCUGCUCUACCAGACUCACUUUCCUUAUCUUAGCCACUUAUCCCCAGUGACUACCAUGUCCCCUUCUAAAUUCCAAAAACUCCAGCACAGUACUACCAAGCAGGUUCAGGAUGGCCCUGGACAAUUUCCUGUCUGUUGCUCAGGCUGCAUAUUCCUGCUCACCUUCAGUCUCCCUGAGCUACCACCUAACUCCUCACUCCCUGAUCAAUGGAAGUCCAGGUCAGUGGAGUCUCUCCUUGAUCAAUCACCCCAAUAA